AUGGCAGCCAAAGCCUUUUCAGCACCAACCUCCCCAGGGCUGACCGAGGCAGAGAGGAGGAUGAAGUCCCCAUUCGAGAGGAUGGUCUAUGACAUGACCCACAACGAGCGCAUGGGCAACGACCUGUUGCUGGAACGGAGGGUGGGUUUCUACGAGCUGCGAGGAGAGAUAGGACAGGGAAACUUCUCCCACGUCAGACUGGGCAUCCAUGCCUUGACCCAAGAGCGGGUGGCCAUCAAAGUCUUGGACAAGACCCGUCUGGCCAAGAAGAGCCAGUCCAUGUUCACCUCUGAGAUCAGCUGCAUGGAGUCCCUAUGCCACCCCAACAUCGUGCGUCUCUACGAGGUGAUGGAGACCAGCCGGAAGCUGUACCUGGUGAUGGAGUACGGCAGUGGUGGAGACCUGUACACCCGACUCACCACCAGGGGCAAGCUGGCCGACGCGGACUCCAAGAAGAUCUUCGCUCAGGUCAUAUCUGCGGUCAAGUACAUGCACGACAAAAACAUUGUCCACCGAGACCUCAAGGCAGACAACAUCUACUACACCACCAGCUACUGCAUCAAAGUGGGCGACUUUGGCUUCAGCGUGCAGAGUGACCCCGACCAGGUCCUCACCACCUUCUGCGGCUCGCCCCCUUACGCCGCCCCUGAGCUGUUCCAGGACCGCGGCUACGAAGGCCGCUACUCGGACACCUGGGCCCUGGGCAUCCUGCUCUUCUUCAUGGCGACGGCCACCAUGCCCUUCCUGGGGGCCAGCAUGAGCAAGCUGAAGCGCAGCAUCCUGGCGGGCUCCUACACCAUCCCCCCCUACGUCCCUGAACCCUGUCAGCAGAUCAUCAAGGGCCUGCUGCGGCCCGUCGCCACCGACCGCACCUCGCUCCCCGCGGUGAUGGCCAGCCACUGGCUGGGUGGCAUCGAGAGCCCGCAGGAGUACGCCAACCUUCCCCUCGCGCCCGCCCACUUCGCCCAGGGCUUGCCGGACCUGGGCGUGGAGGAGCAGGAGGUGAAGGGCCUCAUGUCGGACCUGGGCAUCUUGGCCGUGCACCUCCGGAACAACCCGUGCGCGGACGCUCGCAGCCCGCUGACGGGGACCUACCGGAUCCUGCUGCACCAUGUGCAGAAACGCCGGUCGCUGGAGGCCUUGAACUACGUCACGGCGCAACGUCCCGGGGAGUACGGAGCUCAGAAGCCCACUCCUGUUUGUGCCGUACUGUGA